UUAUGUAGUCCAUCGUUUUCAUCACAUAAUUACAAUAUGAGACACUGAACUUCUUAAACGAUGUAAUUGUGAUGGGUUAUGCCCAAAGGAUCAAUUGUAAAUAUAUAUGGAAAUGUGUAGCCACCAGUAUGCUAACCAGUAGUCAGCUAAACGAAGCUAUUCUGUCAUAAAUGUCUCGUUAUAGAGCGCAUAACUGCUAUGUUUAACGUAUUGUCUGAGGCCCACAAUUUCUGGUUCACAGUUUUUUGUUGUCAAUGUGCAAUCACAGUGAAACCAGCUAAUCAAAUCAAUAUAUGCCGGCAUCAUUAGUUAGCUGAAGUUGGCCAUAGUGCCUGGCGUCAUCAGACAAAAUUGCCGUAUCAACACUGUUUACCUGGCUCACUUGUUAUCUGAGGCGGAUUCUGUAGCAAAAGUUUUGCAACGAAAACCAGAGUUUCUAUUGGACAUUCAGAUGGCGCCAAACAAGAAGGGAGGUGAAAAAAAGAAGGGGCGUUCUGCCAUCAACGAGGUUGUGACCAGGGAGUACACAGUCAACAUCCACAAGCGCAUACAUGGCGUCUCCUUUAAGAGGAGGGCACCUCGCGCUCUCAAGGAGAUACGAAAGUUCGCCAUGAAGGAGAUGGGAACCCCUGACGUGCGUAUCGACACUCGCCUGAACAAGGCUGUGUGGACCAAGGGGGUGAAGAAUGUCCCAUACCGUAUGCGUGUGCGCCUGUCAAGGAAACGCAAUGAAGAUGAGGACUCUCCCAAUAAACUGUAUACCCUCGUCACAUACGUCCCUGUCACGACAUACAAAGGUCUGCAGACAGUCAAUGUGGAUGAGAACUAAUUAUUCACUGGUGUUGAAAUACAUUUAUAAGACUGCAGUCUUGGAUUAUAUACAAGUUUAUACAAUCACUAAUUGGGAUUCUUGAUGGAGCAAUUUAUGCUUACAUAGUUUCAAGUGUUAUUAGUUGUAUGUACGGGAUACACCGCGUCCAAUGAAAUUCUCACAUGAAAAUAAAUUAUUUCUAGAGCGUC